UGUUCUUCGGACCAACGGGAAUAAUUUUACUUGAAUCAAGAAUUUUCCCGUCCACUAUGUAUUCGGCUUCUUUCCAAAAAAAAACUCUCGGGUCAGGCAGUUACUGGAAUAAACGGGAGCAUCCAAGUUGAAGAAUAGCCUAGACUUGAGUUCCCCGUCUCACUCUUUCUUCUUUCACGAACGUCAGGUCAAGUACGACGUUUGUUUAAUCAUCGGACCACGUCCACAUACAGGGACACGGCACAAAGUAUUUUGCUUGUAUUCCAAUAGUCCAUCGACGCAUAUUGGAUUUUUGGGGGGAAUGUUGCCAAAUUUCCUUGGCAUGUUCAAUGUCGUGAGUCAAAGUGGAGGUUCAAGUAGACCGCGUCUCAGUUCUCGGGACCGUAGAUUUUGGCCCUUCAUCUUGUCCUCAUAUAUAAAGGCACGUCGCCGAUCAAGUAUGCAUCUAUUCAUCAUCUUAGACAGCUCAAUUAUACCAUCCAAAUCGUCACCUUGAGACAAAUCAUCACCUCCAUCAGCAUCAUGGUUUUCAUCACAUCAAUUGUCAAGGUCGCGGCUCUUGCCGGACUUCUCGCCCCAACAGUCCUUGCUACUUUACAAGAAGCUUUGAUCGUCAGGCUUCAAGAUGAGGACAACGCUGUCGGUACCAAUUCCUACAACUGUCACGACAAUUGCGGCGAGGCCAUCCUCGAAUCUGAAAUUGACGGUUUCUGCAACACCACAAUCUUCUCCACCGACUACGCUGCCUGUCUCCAAUGCUCCGGCGAAGAUAACGAGGACAUCUGGCAAUACUAUGGUCCAUAUCUAACUGUUGCUGCUGUGGAGUGUGGGUCUUCUACUGUACCAUUAACCGGAACUCAAGCCGACGUUGCCACCGCCAUGCUCGCUCAAAACGGCACUACAACCGCCAGCGGCGCUGCUGCAACUGUUGCCAGCAACUCCGCAACAACAACUGCCGCAGCAUCUACCUCUGCGUCAGCUUCUAGCUCUGAUUCAACUGCUAGCUCCGGAUCAGCUUCUAGCAGCACUGCCACUGGAUCUUCUGCUUCGGCUACCUCUACCAGUGGUGCAAUCCAACAAAUCAAUGCAGCCAGCGGUUUCCUGAUCGGUGGUAUCAGCAUCCUCAUUGCGGCUGCUGUCGCCAACUUGGCUUAGUUAUGAUCCAAUCCCUCAAAAACGUGCAGAUGGCUUCAGAAGUGUGGUCCGGUGGCCAAUGAAUCAAUGAUGACAAUUUAUCGAGUCGAUGUGUCUUUCUCUUAUUCAGUAUAUAAUUUAAAAUGCGAAUCAUC